CGGAAAACUCAGGGAAAACAAAACGGUAGUUUCGUCUUUGUUUCACAGCUCCAGCUCACAGAUUGAUUGAUAUCAUUUGGGAUUCGACAUUUUAUUGAUUUUGAAGUGAAAUUAAUGUGCAUCUUUCAUAAUGAAUGAAAUAAUGAACGUUAUGAAUUAUGUUAUGAUGUACAUGUACUUAUCAAUCUUAUCAUUCUUUCAAUGUAUAGUUUCCAAACAGCUGCUGCAUAAUGAAAGGAUAUCUGUGGAAUAUAAAUGAAGCUGCAAGAUAAAAAUCAAUAUGUUGGCGUUGAGCAGAUAUCCAAAAGUUUAUCCGCAUUCAUUCCAUUAUAUUCUUUCAAAUACCAUAUGUUUACGGAAAUACGAAAAAAAAAGGACUCAUAAUUUUUCACAGUACUGAAUUGAAGUGAUAAUUAACACUUGAUUAAAAAAUUGAGAACUGGUUUAUAUUGGUUGGUGAGGAACUGUUACUCAUAAACAUUGAAAAUGAAAAUCACAUAUCCUGGAAUGACCCUAAGAGGAGAAGUUAGAGAAAGCAUUUCCCUUGAUGAAGAUGACCUAAGCGAUGUAGAAGAUGAAGUUUUCAUCAGAGACGGAAAAAAUGGCUACAAGCUAGCAGAAGAAGUGAAUGUAAAGAGGCCUCUAAUGGCACCACGAAGAAAAGCUGGCAAAACAGAUAUAAACACUAGGAUGAAAGUUAGACCUCCUUGUAGAGCAUUUUGUAAACCCUGUUGCUAUGUGGUGGCUGCCCUCACAACACUAAUUGGGUUGAUAAUUUUGGUGGUUGUUUUGGUGUCCAUUUACCCCUUACCAUUGGAUAGACUUAGAGACUGGAUUAUAAGGAGGUCUCAGAAGGUAGAACCAAAAGUGAGGCUGUUGCCUUGUGACAACUUGAAAGUCACUGAUGUUUGGUCUAUAAAUUUACCAAAAUUGACCACUGAUUCACCAGUACGUACCAUAGAUGUAGACAAUGAUGGUACAGAAGAUAUUUUAUUUGGGUUUGGAACAGGAGACAAUCAUAAGAGACUUCCCUCUGAUAUAUUCUGCCCUAUGUUCAUGGGAGUGUCUCCCCCUUGUGAAGGGGGUGUCAUAGCCCUAAGUGGAAUCAAUGGGGAAAUAAUCUGGAGACACUGGUUCAAUGAUACUAUAUUUCAUCUUCAGUGCAAUGCUGAUGUGAAUGGGGACCAAAUGAAAGAUUGCCUAGCAAUUGGAGUUGCAGGGACUGUAGCUGUGGUUAACUCUAGAAAUGGAUCAAAAAUUUGGCAUAGAAGCCUGGGGAACCUGAAUAUUUUUAUGGCUAAUUUUAUUCCUGAUCAAAAUAAUGAUACAGUUCCUGAUAUUCUUGCUUCACAUUCUUCCCUAAAUGAUGAAAAAAACGGACACUUAGUAUUAUUUUCUGGUAAAACCGGAGAAGAAUUGCAGAAAAUAAGGACGCCGGAAGAUGCCAAAACAUUUUUUAUGCCGCAAAUUUUCGUUCAUAACAGUACAAAUUCUUUUGUGAUUUUUGGAACUGGAACCCCUUCAAUAGGAGGAAAUUUAAGUAUAGUUCCCAUCACAGAUAUUGCAUCUGGUAAACUGUCCAACUGGACCAAGAGCAUAUAUGAAGACAAAUUUCAUGGUGUUUUGACUCAGUCAGUUCUUGUAGAUAUAACGGGUGAUAAAAUCCCAGACAUAGUCACGGCUAUGUAUAAUUCCAGUUUGGUUGCUAUAGAUGGCAGCACUCUCAAACAAAUUUGGAAUUACACCAUACCUGGAACAAAAUCUGAAACUGAUAUCAGCCCAACACCUGGCUAUUUUAAUUUUGACAAUGUUACUGAUUUUUUGAUUGUAUAUCAGAAGUAUGAUGAUGUCCUCAACCACAACUACACACAGACCUUUAUCAUUGAUGGUAAAAAAGGGGAGUCAAUCUACAGACCAAUCACGGGUAGUUUAAUAACUCAAAUGAGUGGCUUAUCAUUAAGUUUGGAGUCCCAUGGAUAUGACAUGUUUCUUUUCUGGACUGCAGAGUGUACCAAAAUGGAGAUUCCUAAAAAAAAUGAUCUUCCAAAAGUUCAACCUAGCGAUGUAUUAGAUGAAUGUAGAAGUCAAUUUAAUACUACCAGAAUUUUGAAACUUAAUGUUCUUGGGCAAUUCCAUCAACCUCCUGGAUUUGUCAUCUACAGUUCAGAAAACAGGUUGACCAAAGAAUUCAAUUCGACAAAGACACCUCUGAAGCAACUGAGAGAGUACUACAAAGUACACUCCAAAAUGAAUAUCAAUUCUCCUGGUCAGUCUGAAGUAAAUGAAGCCUACAAUGUCGAUCCAGUGCCUAUUGGCAUCAGAAAAUAUGGUUCCUCUAGUUUCAGACACAAAAAUCGCAAUUCAGACACGACAAAAAAAUAUAAUGACAGAACUGACAAUGAAACUCCACUAAUUGAUGAAGGAGGGUCCCUAAUGACCGAUCGAGAUUACGAUUGGCCCCAACCCGACGGCAAUCUCUUGUUGGACAAAAUAGAACCGAGUUUCAGCGACUACCCUGUAGACGCCGACGCCAUUUCUUAUGAUAACCGUGUCCACCGAAAAAACGCCAACCGAGAUCCGAGAAGCAAGGAGCAUAGACCAAGGACGAAGGAUUUUUCGUCCAGUAGGAAGAAAAAUUUGUCCGAUAGAAAUGGCGGAGUUUAUGGCUACAAUAAUAUGAAUUUGGCCAGAAAUAGGCUCUUUCAUGACGUGAAUUAUGUACCGACAGAGAUAAUCAAAGACACGUUUGUCAAAAACGAAGAAGGUAGGUUGAAAAAGUCAAAAUUUGAGCAGAGAGACGUCAACGCUCACAUCGACAAGCUCAAGGAGAAAGAGGAGAUACGCAAAGUGAUCAAUGAGGAGUUGGAGGAGGGAAAAAACUCCUCAACAACUCUCUGGGAUCUGGAAUCCGAGCAGGAGAUGAAGGAUUGGGUGGAUAGGAGCUACAGGGCGAAAAGGAAUGUCAACUAUACGUUCGAAAGUACCACGAAAAUAACUUCAGUCGGAGCUAUCUUGGAUUCAUUCAAUACUACGAAUAGCACGAAUUCUAUAGACAUUGUCUUCAUUGUUUAUUGGCAACCUAUCGGGAUUUCAGAGGAGGAAAUAUUGAAACAGGACGUCGAGGACUGCAUUGUGGACAAAAUGGCCGACAAUUCAGCAGACAAAUCGGUGCACGAUUACCAAAAAACCACCGACAAAGAACAGAGGGCGCUCUUUCAGCAAGAGUGCCUCGACGAGCAGGCGCAACUGAAGAUCGACUUCAGUUUCUUCGAUCGGCUGUCUCAGUUGCGACUGGGCCAGAUGACCGUGUACAGAUUGAGGUUAGAGUGUGAGUGUGAGGGUAACUCUUCGAGCGAGAGGUGCGCCAAAUUUUUGCCCAGAGAGGGCCAAAGUUGGCCUGGCUAUCUGGGCAGAUUCGGGGACGGGGUGUUUUUGAAUAGGGGAUAGAUUUUUGUUUAUAUCAGAAAGUAGCGGAAAGUUUCAUUGCUAAAAGGAAUUUCAAUGCGCUUGUUAUGUGAAUAUCAUGUGUUGGAGUUUCUUUCGUGUAUCGAUUGUCAGAUAACCUAGUGCAACUGAUGAGGUUUGGCAAGCCGAAACAGUCUGCCGUUCCCCCAAAAUCUCGUAGUUUUGAGAAUUCAAUUUUUUUUCAGUAUUAUUUAAUGAAUCUCACCCAAUUUAUUUGAAUCAAUUCUAACGUUUUGCAAGAAAAACAACAAUUGAAUUGAGUUAGUUCAGAAUUAUGUAAUCAACUUUCUUUUUCUUCAUGAAAACACGAACCUUGUUAGAAGAUACCGAAAAAUAAAUAAAAAGGAGAUUAUUAUUAUUAAUAAAACGUCAGGUUUGCAAUUCAUUCCACAUCUCGAAUAUUUUCUAUUAUGAUUCAUAAUCUAGUCAUUAUUUCAUAGUAAACGUUUUAUAGAUACUUGCAUUCUUUUUUCAUUCUAAUUGUGUACCUAUACCUACAAUACAGGUUGAUUUUUAAUCUCAAUUUGCCAUAUUUAUACGGUAAAAUUAAAUAUACAGUGGGAUCCACGUUUGAGUAAUGACCUCCGCAACAAUUUUGUCAAAUGGAACACCCUAUAUAUAUUAUUGAAUUUUUUUAUUAAUGUUCUUCAGCUUUUUUGUAAAAAAACACGAACACUGUUGGAUGAUACCACAAAAUAAGUAAGUUAAAAGGAGAUUGUUGUUAAAAACACGACAGUUUUCUAAAGAUUGUCUUGUGAUUCAUAUUCUAGUCAUUAUUUUAUAGUAAAAGUUUUAUAGAUACUUAUUUUUUUAUUAUUAUCCCGAUUUUGUACCUAUGUUUGGAAAAUCGACAAUAAUCAUUUGAUUUCAUUCCCAAAAUACAAACUACCCAAUUCUUAGGAACAUAUUAAACAAAUAUGUCAUUGUCAUCUAAGUCUAUACAGGGAUGGUUCAUCUAAGCGCCUCAUAUGAAAAUUGAGUUUUUUGUCUGAAUUUCGAAAAUAUUUAUCACAAUGCAGUUUUCAAACAAUUUUCCACAUGAUUUUUUUGUUAUUCAAUUUUGUUUGAAUUCCCUCUCGUAAGACUAAAUUUCAUUUUGUAAUUUUCUGUAGUUUUUAGAGAUGCAGAAACUUCCAUUUUCCAAAUUUAAUAGUAAACAAGUUUUCAUGGUAAAUAUCAUCAAAGUUUUGAUGACAGAUGGACGAUCCCUUACAAGUUGUGAGUAUUACUAGUUGAUAUAAUCAUUAGCGAACAUUUAUAGGCAUUGUAUAAAUAUUCCAAGAAUAAACGAGACAUACAGAGUGUUCAUUAAAUUUCAGGAAUAUCAUCUGCGGAACAAUAUAAGUUGUUGAAAUGCCAGAACAUUCUGUAUAUUAUUUUUGUACAUAAAUGUGUAUGAAUAUCCAAACAAGUAUUUAUCACCAAGAAUACAUUAGUUUUGCUUCGAAGGUGUAACCUUUACAGGGUGUUUUUUGGUGGGUGCAUUUGAAUUUGAUGAAACCCGCAAAAAACCGACUAUAUUCUUCUGCAAAAAACAACUCGCUUGCCCGCUGGAAAUUUUGGAUCAAAUCUAAUUGGUACAGUAGUGAAAAUUUUGGGAAUCGGUAAAAGCUUUCUGAGCUAUAAAAGAAAAAUUCAUCCAUGUUCAUAUGAUUUUUCUUUUCAAUAUUUUGCUGGGCGGAUUAUAUCCUAGGCUUUUGUCCCUGCAACUCUAAAACAUCCUGUACUGGUUUCAAACUGAUGUUUUGUUCAACUGUUGGAACAAUAAUAAAUAUUAUUACUGACUGAAUUGAUUUUAUAUUGAAGGCAUCGUUAUUUUGCAUAUUAAAGUACAUUUUUAAUGG